AUGGGAGGGGGGGAGUAUAGCCUGAGUGACUAUAGCGCAGGUGCCUCAAGAGGAGGUGAUGACGUGGCAGGCAGAAGGGAGCGACGUACAUGGGAAAGAAUGUGGAAAGGGAGGGCGGGAAGCGGGAGCAGAGGGGGGGAGAUGGGGGAGGCGGGGUUGGGGGAGGGGAAUGGGAGGGAGAGGGGAUGGAGGGAAGGGGGGGACUGGGGGGAGGGGAAGGAGUGGAGGGAGGAGGCCGGGUUGAGAAGGCUGAGGCGAUUGCUGCAGAGAGAUGAGGAGAGAGUUCAGGUGAGAGUUCAGGUGAAAGUUCAGGUGAGAGUUCAGGUGAGAGUUCAGGUGAGAGUUCAGGUGAAAUUUCAGGUGAUGGCUCAGAUGAAAGGUCAGGUGAGAGUUCAGGUGACGGUUCAGGUGAGAGUUCAGGUGAGGGCUCAGGUGAGAGUUCAGGUGAGAAUUCAGGUGAGGGCUCAG